ACGUUUGUCGGCUCGUAAUGGCGAGCCGGGUUGUGUCCGUGGACGCGUGUAAAAGUUGGGAAAGAUCAGGAAAACUUGAGUUCAUCAAGCAAUGUCGCUCAGCAGCAGCCCAUAUGCAGACGUCGAGGUUGCCUGCAGACAGAGGCGGGAAGGACCUGCAGUUGCUGUUACAUGACCUGUGCUGGCACGUGGUGGAGGAUCGCCUCAAGGUGGACCAGGCCCUGGCGGCUCUAGCCGAGGUUACCGCGUUGCAUCCAGAGAUCUCCUCCAUGCUGGCGGACCUGGUCUUCCUACUGGACUUGGAGACACUGUCGACGGAGAACCGGGACCAGAGAGACAGAUUCCAUUGGCUUCUUGCUGGCUGUGCCAAGGUGAUUCCUGAUGCCCUGCUGAAAGAACGGAUAGAGAUCGAGUCCUUGGGAGAUGCGGGAAUUGUCAGGAACAGCCGAACGACGGGCACCAAGUUUGUCAAGAUCAAGACACGGUUGUUUUACAAGCAGAACAAGUACAACCUAUUUCGAGAAGAAAGUGAAGGCUAUGCAAAGCUAGCCACCGAGCUGAGCCAAGAGAUCACCUCCAAGAUCAGCCCAGACUACAUGAUUGAAGUCAUGAGGUCUCUAAUAGGCUGCUUCAACUUGGACCCUAAUAGAGUUUUGGAUAUUGUCUUGGAGGCAUUUGAGUGUCGCAUUCACCUUGAGGAUUUCUUUGUGCCUCUGCUCACAAAGUACUUGUGCAAUCCAGCCACCAUAAGCCAAGUUCUUGGCUUCAAGUUCACAUUUUACCAGGGAGAGGCUGGAGAACCAACACCAUUGUCUUUGUACCGACUGGCUGCAGUUUUAAUCCGUAAUGAAGUCAUUGCCCUGGAUGAUCUUUACUCUUUGCUACUGCCAGAUGAUGCAGCAUUGGCUAAGCAACAUAAGAAGGAGGAAAAUGCAGCCGUGCAGUACGCAAAACGCUCAGCAAUGGUGAUCAUGUCCUCUGAGAAAAAAGACGAAGAAAAGAAGGAUGAGGACAAGGACGACGAUCUGACUCUGGAGGAGAACCAAAAGCUCGGCCUCUGUGAGGCUCUGCUCGAGGUGGGCGACUGGCUCAAUGCUCAGAGGCUGAUGCAGAGGCUGCCUGAGCACUAUGCAGUCUCUCAGCCUCACAUUGCCCGUCGGCUGUGCCUGUUGGUACACACACUGGUGGAACCACUGUACUCCAAGCACAGUGGGCUGCCAGAAGGUUUCCGCCGACCAUACAAUGCCCCAUCAGGAGGCCUGCGGCCACUGCCCCUAGUGGAGACGUUUGAGGAAUUUCGUAUGCUGGUGCUGCCCAUGCUCAUGGCUCUGGGUCCUCUGAUGCACAUAGAUCCUGUGCUGAUCGUGAAAAUUGUGCGCCUGGGACGAGCAUUUCUCCACCAGAAGGGCUCUGCCAAUCCAGACCUCCGUUUUGACUUGCUCACAUUGCUUGGAGAGACGUUGCUCCCAUCUCUGUCGCUUCUUGAAUGCAACUGUUGUGUUGCUGAUGAGAUCUGGUCUCUUGUGAAACUCUAUCCUUACCAGCAGAGGUAUCUUCUUUACCAUCAUUGGAAGAAUACUGCCUACAAGAGCCAUCCUCUUCUUAUAAGGGUGAAAGCAGACUCGCUCAAGAAGAUCAAAUACAUAAUGAAGCGUCUAAGUAAAGAAAAUGUGAAGCCUUCAGGCCGUCAGAUAGGGAAGCUGAGCCACAGUAAUCCCUGUUUCCUCUUUGACUACAUCCUGUCCCAGAUCCAGACUUGGGACAACCUCAUUGUGCCAGUGGUGGAUUCCCUGAAGUACCUCACAAUGCUGUCCUAUGAUGUCCUUGCCUACUGUGUUAUUGAGGCUCUUUCCUCACCUGAAAAGGAUCGUAUGAAGCAUGAUGGCACCAGCAUCUCAAUGUGGUUGCAGAGCCUCGCCAGCUUCUGUGGAGCUGUCUUCAAGAAGUACUCCAUUGACCUGACAGGGCUUCUUCAGCUUGUGGCCAACCAGCUGAAGGCUGAGAGAAGCCUGGACCUGCUGGUACUCAAAGAAAUAGUACAGAAAAUGACUGGCAUUGAGUCUACUGAGCAGGCCACUCAAGAUCAACUGGAGGCGAUGUGUGGAGGGGAGCUCCUCAAAGCUGAGGGAGGCUACUUCCAUCAGUUGAGAAACACCAAGAAGUCGUCGCAGCGGCUGAAGGAAUCAUUGCUAGAGCAGGACUUGGCACUUCCCCUGUGUCUGCUUAUGGCCCAGCAGAAAAACUGCAUCCUCUACAGGGAACAGGAAGCCUCACAUUUGAAGCUGGUUGGCAAGCUGUACGACCAGUGCCAGGACACACUUGUGCAAUUCUGCAGCUUCCUGUCAAGUAGCUUGAGCACGGAAGAGUAUGCAGGCAGGCUACCUUCAGUGGACCUGCUUCUGUCGAAAUUCCAUGUUCAGGCAGAUGUGGCCUUCUUCCUGGCGAGACCCAUGUUUGGACACCAGAUCAAUUUGAAGUUUGAUGAAGCCAAGAGGAAAGAUAAAAGCUUCAAAACACUGGCAGCAGCACAAAAGCUCCAGCGCUACGUAGAUGCUGUAGACCAAGUGAUGUCCCAAGUUGUCGAAAACGUCAGGCCACUGCAUCCAACAAAGACAUGGGAAGACUUAAGCCCCCAGUUCUACGUGACCUUUUGGUCGUUGUCCAUGUACGACCUCUACGUCCCCACAUCUAGCUACCAACGUGAGAUUCAGAAGCUGAGAGACGCGUCCAAUUCUGAAGAGACGAAGGACAUGGCUCCCAGCAAACGCAAGAAGGAAAAAGACCGGUGUGACGCCCUUGCUGACAAACUGGCUGAGGAGGAGCGCAAACAGCAGGAACACUGCACUCGAGUUCUGGCUCGACUGCGUAGUGAAAAGGAUGCCUGGUUUCAGUCAAGGUCAUCCAAGAACGAAACUAUCACGCAGUUCCUGCAGUUGUGUGUGUUUCCACGCUGCACAUUCACAGCGCUGGACGCCUUGUACUGUGCCAAGUUUGUUCAUUUAAUCCACAUCCUCAAGACGCCCAACUUUUCUACCCUUAUCUGCUAUGACAAGAUUUUUUGUGACAUCACAUACACUGUAACAGCAUGCACUGAGAAUGAGGCCAAUCGGUAUGGCCGCUUCCUCUGCUCCAUGUUGGAGACAGUGAUGCGCUGGCACAGUGACAAGUCUAUUUUCGAUAAGGAGUGUGCCAACUUUCCCGGUUUCAUGACAAAGUUUCGUGGUGCUAGCCAGUCAUCAGACAUUGCCACUGAUCAUGUUGAUUAUGAGAACUACCGUCAUGUUUGUCACAAAUGGCACUUCAAAAUCACCAAGGCACUAGUGAUCUGCCUUGAAUCUGGUGACUAUGUCCAAAUCCGGAACAGCUUGAUUGUGCUCACCAAAGUGCUACCUCAUUUUCCUGUGAUGACAAAUUUGGGCCAGGCGCUGGAGAGGCGCAUCGAAAAGAUUCGGCAGGAAGAGAAGGACAAGCGGCCAGACCUCUUUGUCCUUGCCACAGGAUAUGCUGGCCAGCUGAAGAACAAGAAGCCAGAUUUGAUUCCCGAGCACGAAUUCCAUGUGAAGGACAACAAAGAGGGACGAGUGGCAGGCCCAUCCCAGGUCAAGGCAGCUGACGCUGUUUCACAGCUUCGAACUGCAGCAAGCGUGUCUUCUGGUAGUAGUGGGGACGCUCAAAGGGAGAGAAAAGCGGAGGUCAUGACAAGAGCAUCGCCACAGCCUGGAACAGGGGCAUCUAAAUCGGCCAGUGUCAAUGCAGUGGGUUCAGGAGUAAACAGUAGCAGCAGCAGUACUUCAUCAUCCAAAACAAGCUCAUCUACUGCCCGACGGGAGUCCAGCCGGUCAACAAACAAGGAGGGCAGCGUUGACAGUCAUGACAAGGUUGCUGGCACAUCUGCAGAGCGGAAGAGCGCUUCCUUGCAGCAUGACGACCUACGACUUGCGAAGGAUGACCACUGGUUAGAAGCUAGUGAAGAGCACAAGCGUCGGCGGCUGGACACUGUGAGCAACAGUGUGACCUCGAGUGGUGGCACCAGUGGCAAGGUAGGGGGCAGCCCACGGGCCGGCACUGGUAGCCGUGGUGGUGGCUCCUCCCAGCAGAGCCCCAAGGUGGCGGACGAUCUCAAGGUGGCCCCGGGCGGUGAGGAUCUGCGCUCUUCGGAGAAGUGGGCCCACCCAAAGGACCUGCAUGAUGGGGAGAAGACCAAGGCCAAGAAGGGCAGCCGUAAGCGAGACCACUCAGAGGAGAGUGCACCCGAAGGCAAGCGCAAGAAGGAUGAGGAUGGCCUCUCUGGCAAAAGCUCGAGCAAGCGCAACGGAGAGGACGUCAAAGAGAAGGACCGGUAUAGGAGAGUGAGGGAUGCGCAGUCCUUCCCAGGAAUGCCCCAUGACCAGCCACUCUCCUCUCUCCAGGAAGAGGUAUCACCCAAAAUUCGUGGGGAACGAAGAGCAGAUCGUGACGACAAGAAACAUCAUCGUUCGAGUAGCAGCAGUUCAGCAUCUGCAAAGAAGAGGUCAUCGUUCUGAUCCCAGUGUUCCAAUUGGAGAGUGCAUCCACUUCACCACUGGUUGCUGUGUCAAGCCGCUGUCAUCGGUCGCCCGUCCUUGUCACCUCCAACAGUGCCUGUACAGAAACGAAUGUUUUUUUGUUGAUCAUUAUAAACAUUUCAUUGUGUUAGCAACGUCAAGCUGUUUAUGUUGUCUGCUUCAUCCUCCAUCUCCUGGCCUGAUUCUGUACAAUAAAAUUAUAAUGGUGCCAGGAA